CAGCGUCGUCCUGUAAGAAUCGAAAGUGAGAAGCGAUUUGGGGGAAAAAGGGUUCCGAACGCACCGUUUCAAAACCCUAUACUUCUACCCAAAUCUCGAUAAAAAAUUCAUUAAAAAAUUUGCUGAAGAUUUGCCGAAAUUCCUAUUGCAUUUGAAAUAUAUUAUCCAAUCGAAGGGAAAAAAGAGAGGGGGAAUUGGGGGUUUUUUCGUAUCUACGGAAUUCGGGCAUACAACUUACGAUGGAUUCGCGAUUGGCCUACCAAAUACUGUUUGCGAUCAAUCAAUCAUCCUCUACAGAUGUUUCUUGCUAGUUCUAUACUUGAGGAGAACAUUUUGGUAAUUUGGAAAGGGAAAGUUUAGUUCUGAUCUAUGAAAGAGAGAGGAAGAAGGACAAAAGACAAGAGAAGUAAAGAAAGGAGGGAAGAGGGGCAUCUAGAGAGGGGGAGAGAUGGGAAAUAAGAUUGCCCGAACUACCCAGGUAUCGGCAUCUGAAUACUACCUCCAUGACCUUCCUUCGUCCUACAACCUCGUCCUCAAGGAGGUCCUCGGUCGGGGGAGGUUCUUCAAAUCUAUUCAGUGCAAGCAUGAUGAAGGACUUGUUCUUGUAAAGGUCUACUUUAAACGUGGGGACUAUAUAGAUCUCAAGGACUAUGAGAGGAGGCUUUUUGAGAUCAGGGAGAUCUUUCGUAAUGUACACCAUUCUCAUGUCUGGCCGUUCCAAUACUGGCUUGAGACGGAUAAAGCUGCAUACCUUUUGCGACAGUAUUUCUUUAGCAAUCUUCUUGACCGGUUGAGCACCCGACCGUUCCUCAGUGUCAUAGAGAAGAAAUGGCUAGCUUUCCAGCUACUUUAUGCCGUGAAGCAGAGCCACGAGAAUGGUGUUUGCCAUGGAGACAUCAAGUGUGAGAAUGUUCUGGUCACAUCUUGGAACUGGGUCUACCUUGCUGACUUCGCAUCAUUCAAGCCGACGUACAUACCUGACGAUGAUCCCUCAGAUUUCUCAUUUUUCUUCGACACUGGAGGGAGGAGGCGUUGUUAUCUUGCACCGGAAAGAUUUUAUGAGCAUGGAGGGGAGACACAAGUUGUACCAGAUGCACCUUUAAAGCCAUCUAUGGACAUCUUCUCUCUAGGGUGUGUUCUUGCGGAGCUUUUCCUUGAGGGGCAGCCGUUGUUUGAAUUAUCCCAGUUACUGUCUUACCGGAGGGGGCAAUACGAUCCUAGCCAGUACCUUGAAAAGAUACCAGAUCCAGGGAUCCGCAAGAUGAUUCUUCAUAUGAUUCAGUUGGAUCCAGAGUCGAGACUGUCUGCUGAAAGCUACUUGCAGAGUUACGCAUCAGUUGUGUUUCCUGCCUACUUCUCACCAUUUCUUCAUAAAUUCUUUUCUUGCUUGACUGGUCUUGAUUCUGAUACGAGGGUUGCAGUGACACACAGUCUUUUCCAUGAAAUACAUAAGAAAAUGAUGAGCGUCAGGUCAAGUGAGGAGGUUGGGCAGAAGGUAUGCACGUCUUCUGAGUCUAUCAGCGAUAUUCAUCAGAUGGACAGUGACAAGCAAAAUGUGAACCUGUUAAAAGAUUCCUUGAGAAAGGGAACAGAGCUAGAGAAAGACAUGCUUGGUGAUAAAUUUCAGCUUGUGGGUGAUAUCACAUCCCUCCUUCGAGAUGUUGAACGGAAUCACCAUGGUUCUUAUACCAAGGUUAAGCUAGAGAAUUUGCCGGCCACUGCCUUUAGCAGCUCGGAUGCAAGGAAUGCGGCGUUUGCUCCAAAUGCUAACCACCAUAACAAGCAAUCUUUGAGUGAGAUAGAUCAAAGCCUUUGCAUGGGAUUCAAAGGAAACGAAUUCCCCUCUUUGAGAAAGAUUGUGAAAAGUGACUUGAAUUCACUAACAUCCAGAUACAACAAUCGUUUGGAUACUUUUGAGUUGCCGUUCUUUCCAGAGCCCCAACAUAAUUUGCGAUGUGAAGGAAUGGUUCUGAUUGCAUCACUGCUAUGUUCAUGCAUACGAAGUGUCAAACAGCCGCAGUUGAGAAGGUGGGCAGUGCUUCUGCUGAAGUCCGCUUCCUUGUAUAUUGACGAUGAAGAUCGUUUGCAGCAUGUGCUGCCUUACGUUAUCGUGAUGCUUUCUGAUUCAGCAGCAAUCGUGCGCUGUGCCGCUUUGGAGACGUUGUGCGACAUUUUGCCUUUAGUCCAAGAUUUCCCUCCAAGUGACGCAAAGAUUUUCCCAGAGUAUAUCCUUCCUAUGCUCUCCAUGCUUCCUGAUGAUUCAGAAGAAAGCGUGCGGAUCUGUUAUGCUAGCAACAUCUACAAAAUUGCACUUACUGCUUACCGGUUUUUUAUUCAUUCGCAUGGUUUGAGCGAGUCAGGGGUUCUUGAUAAAUUAAGUCCAACUCAGAGAUCAUCAGCUCCUGCCACUGAAACAUCCAGACAGCUGCGCAGUGAAAACAGCGAUUUGCAACUCAUGCAAUUGAGGAAAUCCAUUGCGGAUGUCAUACAAGAACUGGUAAUGGGUUCAAAGCAAACUCCCAAUAUCAGGAGAGCCCUCCUUCAGGACAUUAGCAGUCUAUGCUGCUUCUUUGGUCAGAGGCAAAGCAACGACUUUCUGUUACCCAUCCUCCCUGCAUUUCUAAAUGAUCGAGAUGAGCAACUAAGGGCAGUUUUCUAUGAGCAGAUUGUUUUUGUCUGCUUUUUCAUUGGCCAAAGAAGUGUGGAGGAAUAUCUUUUACCUUAUAUCGAGCAGGCUUUAAGUGAUGGGAUGGAGGCUGUCAUCGUCAAUGCAUUGGAAUGCUUGGCAAUGCUAUGUAAAAAUGGGUUCUUGCGUAAGAGGAUACUACUUGAAAUGAGCCAGCGGGCUUUGGCAUUGCUAUGCCAUCCCAGUCAGUGGGUACGAAGAUUUGCUGUCACAUUCUUUGCAGCGGGCAGUGAAAAUUUAGGAUCAGUCGAUUCGUAUGUUUACCUAUCUCCAGUUUUACGUCCUUUACUCCGCAGAGAGCCAUCCUCACUAGCUUCAGAGACGUUUCUCCUUUCAUGUCUCAAACCUCCAGUCUCAAGACAGGUUUUCUACCAAGUUCUAGAAAAUGCCAGGAGUUCAGACAUGUUGGAGAGACAGAGAAAGAUAUGGUACAACUCACCUGCUCACUCAAAACAAGUUGAAGCAGUUGAAUUGGAUCAGAGAGGAGAUGCAAAUCUUUCAAAGAACUGGCCUGGUAGACAACCUGAUCCACAGGGUAACAAAUCCGCCAACAACGUCAUGCAACAAACUGGACUGUCUGAUGCAGAAGAUUGUGCUAAGCUGAGAGCAACGGGAAGUUUUAUCCGUAACACUCCAAGCACGAUGGAUAUUCGGGAUCCUUUGAGCUCAGAGAGGUUGCAGUUCUCAGGUAUCAUUUCCCCACAAGUGAGUGCUGGAAGCAGUUUGAUGUGUGAUGGGCCAUCUGAAGGUAUACCAUUGUAUUCUUUUUGCAUGGAUAAGCGAGCAAUGGGAGCACCCACAGCAGCCUUGGAUUCGUCUUCACCGUUGAAUUCUACUGGAAUUGGUUCAGCGUCUAUCCCUUGGAUGGACCCUUCUACUAAAUCAUUCAGCUUGGCUAAUUCAGUUUCACCCAAGCUUGUUUCAGGCUCCUUCUUCAAUCUCACCAGUGGCUCUAAACAGGUCUAUAGAGUCAUGCCUGAAGUCGAAGACGGAGAGAAUGAUCAAGUUGCCUCUCUGUCAAACAAGUUCCAAGACAUGGGUAUUUCAGCAACAGUGAAAGGCAUAACAUCUAUAACUGCAGAAGAUGUGGCAUCACCAUCUGAUGUAGCUGGAUUGCCUUCUUUUGCCAGGGGAUCGAUGGUCCCAGACAGUGGAUGGAGGCCCUGUGGAGUGCUUGUGGCCCAUCUCCAGGAGCACCGUUCUGCCGUCAAUGACAUAGCAAUUUCAAAUGACCAUAGUUUUUUUGUCAGUGCAUCAGAUGAUUCCACUGUUAAGGUAUGGGACACUAGGAAGUUGGAAAAAGACAUCUCUUUCAGGUCGCGGCUGACUUAUCCUCUUGAAGGAAGCCGGGCAUUAUGCUCUACAAUGCUCCGUGGCUGCACACAAGUCAUUGUGGGAGCAAGCGAUGGAACGAUGCAUAUGUUCUCUGUUGAUUAUAUCUCCAGAGGGUUGGGUAGUGUUGUCGAGCGGUAUUCAGGGAUUGCUGACAUCAAGAAGAAAGAAGUCGGUGAAGGUGCGAUUAUGAGCCUGAUGAACUACUCCAUGGAUGGCUGUGCCAGCCAAACGAUCCUAUACAGUACUCAAGGUUGUGGGAUCCAUCUCUGGGAUACAAGGACGAAUACCACAACUUGGACUUUGAGAGCAGUUCCUGAGGAGGGCUUCGUGUCUUCUCUUGUAACAGGUCCUUGUGGGAAUUGGUUUGUAUCAGGGUCUUCAAGGGGUGUACUCACUCUCUGGGACCUGAGGUUCCUUGUACCAGUUAACUCAUGGCAGUACUCUCGUGUGUGCCCUGUGGAGAAAAUGUGUCUGCUCAUCCCCCAUUCGUCAGCCCCUGCAUCUGCAACUGCGAGGCCAUUGGUUUAUGUUGCUGCAGGUUGUAAUGAAGUUUCCCUUUGGAAUGCGGAGAACGGAAGCUGCCAUCAGGUGUUGAGAAUAGCGAACAGUGAAGCUGAUGCUGAAAUGUCUGACAUCCCAUGGGCCCUGGCGAGACCAUCGAGCAAGUCCAAUUCUAAACAGGAUAUGAAGCAGAAUGCCAAACCAAAAUAUAGAGUCGAUGAGUUGAAUGAACCUCCCCCUCGCCUUCCUGGCAUCCGUUCAUUGCUUCCCUUACCCGCGGGAGAUCUGUUAACCGGGGGAACCGACUUGAAAAUACGGCGGUGGGACCAUUCCAGCCCGGAUCGUAGUUAUUGUGUUUGUGGGCCCUCAACAAAGAGCAUGGGAAAUGAUGAGUUUUAUGACACAAGAUCUAGUUUUGGGGUUCAAGUUGUGCAGGAGACAAACAAGCGACCUCCGUCAACCAAGUUGACCCCGAAAGCUAUCCUUGCAGCUGCAUCUACUGAUUCCGCAGGUUCCCACCGGGACUCCAUCCUCUCUCUGGCGUCUGUCAAGUUGAAUCAAAGGCUGUUGAUAUCCAGCAGCAGAGAUGGUGCCAUCAAGGUAUGGAAGUAGAACUUGCUCACCUUAUGUACAUUUGUAGUUCAGUUGAAGUCUCAAAUGAUUAUUGGUUUAUCUGUCAAUAUGUAUAUUUAUGGCCUAGAGGGGGACAAUAAACUGCUCAUGAUGCUCUGAUGAGUCGUCGUCAUGGAUACAUACAUAAUUGUUAUUGUAUAUACCCAAAAUCAAAGAAUGAAAAAAUGAAAAAGAAAAAACAAAAUGAAAAAAAGAAGAAAAAAGACACUAGUUCC